AUGACAAAUAAUGAUGAGGCACCACCUCAAGAAGUUUUUUUCCGUAUGUCGGGAACUGGUACUGCCAUAUGGGAAAUAAAGCGACCGCAAAAAGUCGUUCUUGAUCUUGUCCAACGAAAUGUUUUUCAUGGUGAAUUACUGGAUAUUGGCUGUGGAAUUGCUGACAACGCAAUUUAUAUCGCCCAACAUACCAAUGAUGUUCAUAUAACAGCGAUUGAUAUGGUGGAAAAAGCAAUUGAAGUUGCUCGUCAGAAGGCGGAAGAGAAUCAGGUGAAGAUUCAAUUUGAAGUUGUCAAUAUGCUCGAAGAUGUUUCAAAAACGAACUUGAAACCAAAUGGAUAUGAUCUUAUACUUGAUGCAGCUAUAUUUCAUGCUUUUAACAAUGAAGACCGUCUGACGUAUAUAAAGAAUUUGAAAAAACUAAUAAAACCAAAUGGACUCUACAUUCAAAUCUGUUGCUGUGAAAAGGAAACGAGAGAAACUCGACCACGUCGAAUUAAGAAGGCUGAUUUAGAAGACUUGUUCUCGCCCGAGAAUGGCUGGAAAAUUGAAUCGAUCGAAGAUACAAUUUAUGAAGCAACACCGGAUUCUCCAUUGGGAACAGAUUUUCUCUCAUAUCUUUCAUUUAUUCGUAAACUUUCCUGA